GGAAUAUUUAAUGAUCAUUGAUCGCUAUUUAAAUGCAAUUGAUCAAGUAAUUCGAAUAAUUCGUACUCAGUACAUUGUGGAAUGUGCGAGGAGGAGCUACUGUGUUACGCAGCUCUGCAUGAUGCCACCCGAAAAAUACGUAAUAAACACGAAGAAUUCGUGUCUUAUGCAUUAUCGGAUUAACAUUUUACCGCUUGACAUAAGAUAUGAACUGUUUUACGGGGAUACAUUCACGGUUAAACGAUAUAAAACCGUAUUUCUUAUUUUUACUCGGUAGCAUGUAUACGUGGCAACAGAGCAAAGUGGUCGAGUGCUCUGUCACUUCCUAGUCAAAAGAAAUUCUUCGAGCACAAACAAUAAUAUAUUUACACUGUUAAAGUAGUGAAACACGGUGUAACUCUAAAAGAGUGCUUUCCGAUAUACCAUCGAUAUAUUUAACUGUCCGUCAAGAUAUCGGUAGAGAAUCUUUUUCUGUGUAAAUUAUCGCAUCAGUAAGCGUCGGUUUAUAUAUUACAUGUGCAACCUGUGUUAAACACUUCAUGCUUAGUAUUUUACGAACAUAUCUGAGAAUAAAUACAAUUUGAUACUUGUUAAAAGGAUGCCGUCCAUUAAUUAAUUGAUUAAUCGCCGUAGAAAAAAUAUAUGUAUACAUCCUUGAAUGAAUGAAUAUGUAAACAUAUACAUACACUUCUUUACAUAUAUUCACAAGGUGUUGGAAUUUAAAGUGAGAUUCAAUUGUUCCUGUACAUUGUAUUCGCUGAAAUAUUUAUGGCUUUUGUAAACGCAAGAAGCUAAUAUUCGCCGCGCUGCAUCUGUUAUUUAUAUGGUGUUUUCUUCGUUGGAGCAUUAUAUGUACUACAAAGAUUACCCGAUGAAAGAACAUUACGGACCAAGAACAGAGAAUAGUGCUGCUAAUGGUGCUUUGGCACUGUUAUUGUUGUCCUCCUAACAACACAAUGGAGGAGCCAGCGAAGAAAAAACAACGCAUUGAAAACAAUGAAGUUGAAAGGAAUACGUUAUCAGAUAUUGAACAGCUUCAGAAUAGCCUGUUGGCGCAAUGCUUAUGUAAUAUACCGGAAAGUAGUUUGCGCAAACCAUUCACUAGUGCAACAGUGGAAGCAAUCGAUGGCAGUUUUCGAUCUUCGCUAUUAUCAGAGUGGGGACCCGAUCAAACUUUAGAAUUCCUAAGUGCUUUACAGCUUCUGUUUGAUUUGGCUAUCAAACAGAACACCAGAGGUUUAAUGUGCAGAAGAGUGGUAGAUGUUUGUGAUGCGCUGGCGCGAAACGAGCAUGGCAUUAUAGAUCAGAUAAUUGACCUAUCGUGUACAACAAACAAAUUCAUAUCAUUUACUGCUAGUAGAGUUCUUGCAUCUUUUUUUAUUGUAACAAAGGAAAAUAUUGAUACGGCUUGGUUAGAAAGACUAACGCAGUCUUUAGUGAACACUCAUUCCCCAAGUCAAAUGCUGUUUACUUUGGAUGUUGUAAAAAGAGUUGUAGAACAUAAGGACUGCAGUGUUCAUCCCCUUGAAGACACAGAUAGUAUAGCGCAGCCGUCGCAUUGUAAUACAAUAACAAUUUCAGACGCAGAAAGUUUUGAUAGUACGCCUGUAAAAGCAAUGUGCGUCAAAGCAUUAGAAUCUAAAUGGACUAUAUUAGUAUCAAAAUUUGAUGCCAUUCUUAGUUCAUAUACACCUCAACACGAAUCAGCAGUUAUUACAUUUCUUGAUUUGUGGGAAUCAAUUAUUUCUGUUAAAGCUAAUUUGUCCGUUAUUGACACUAAACUUUUCUAUUCUCAGUUAGACAACCUGGUUGUACUCUUGAAUGCUAAUGUUCCUGGUGUAAUUUGGAGACAUCUUCUUGGAUUAUUUAAUGAAGUAUUAUGUUAUGGAAGCACUUUAGCAUUGCAAGAUGUACUUCCAGAUGAGCCUUGCUCUCUUGCACAUUUUAUUGUACGUGCUGUAAAAGAUUGGAGAUUAUUAGAUGCUUUACCAUAUCGACAUGGUUCUGGAAGAUUUGGAGGAGGUUCCGGGGAAGGUGAUCGCCCCCUUCUACAAAAAAUUGUACUCUUAGUUCUAAAAAGUGUUGCCGUGACAGUUAAAGAGACGCGCAGCGAUUCUAGUGACUCAUCCCUGGGUUCAGAAGCAGAAGAUCUUGAUGCUGAUAUGGCAGUUAUUGAGAGAAGCAUAAGAGAAGUUUUACGACAACUGGAUCAGUGUGUAAAAACACUAAUGCCAUUUCAUCCUGAAAUGCCUUUAUCGCAAUGGGUUGUACAAAUGUUUCACGAUCAAGACGACUUCCUAAUUGAAGGGAUGGUGUGUUGUUUGGACGUAGCGGUUGGUUUAUUUUAUAGAGGACCUCCGCAAAAUGACCUUGGUCACAUGCUUAGCCCAACUUUAACUUUUAUACAAUUUAUACAUGCUGUUUCACACGAUCCAGAUGUUCUUUUAGAUUUACUUGUUAGUAAUGAAACUUGUUUCUUAUUAUACUUAUUGAGAUUUCUGAAAUAUGUUAAAAGGAACUGGACAGAGUUUGUCUCUUGUUGUGGAAGAGAGCUAGAUGAUACCAUGACAAUAUUGAUAAGACUUCGUUUAGCAAUCGAUAGAUUAGUAUCUAAAGCUUUGUUUCCUUAUAACAUAAAUCCAGUUCUACGUUUGUUAGAAAAAUGUGAGUCCUUCUAUGAAGGCAAUAUAGAGAAUUAAUUAUUUGAUUGUAUGAUAAGUGUGAAAUUCAAAAUUCAGAUUUACUAGAUUGAUAUGUACAAACUGUAAGAAUACAAAACUCUCAACUGUCGACUGGCUCAUUUUAUCAGCCAGAAAAUAAUUACAAAAUUGUACAGCCUUGUUAACAUCAUUUUGAAAAAUGACUGAAUUAAGCAACUGACUUGUGUAAUAUUGAAUAUCUAGACUAAUAUUAGAGGAAUGAAAGAAAAACAUUUUUAUUUAUUAUAUUUAGCAAAAUUUUCUUCAUUCAGAAAUAUUGAAUUUCUACCGAAAAAUUAAUAAUUUUGCAUUUCAUAGUUGAAGUAUAAAUGGGUUGAAGUAGUACAAAGGUUAGCCAAAAUUGCAUGCUUCAAAAUGAAAUUGCACUUUUAUGGUGCUAUGAAAAUGUAUUUGCCAAAGCACCAUUGGAAGUAAAUUUAAAUGUAUACUAUUAGUAUAAUAUUUAUGUGUAUACAUCCAACUAAGUGUACAAGUUGCCAGUCAAUCAGAGUCCUAUAAGCUGGAUUCUGUGAUGUGCACAAUUAUAUGUAUUAAAUAGGUCUUUGUGUACAUUAUUUUAUUACAUUCGCAGAAACACAACGUAAUUUUUUAAAACCUUUUUACAAAAACUCACAAUGCUUAUGGAAGUUUCCAAUUUUGUGUGUUAUAAAAAAUGCAGGGUAUUAAAUCAUUAGACACAAUAGGAUAUCAAAAUAUAAAAUUGCAUUUUUAAUUUUAUGCCAGAGGCAUUAGUAAAAUAUUUAAUUUUAUGAUUUGUUAACUGCAAAUAUAUGAAUAAAUUUGUCUCAGUUUAUUUUUUAACUGACAUUUAUAACAAGAAUUUGUUUUUCCUAUUUUGUCCGUGUACUUAAAUAGAGGUUGAAAAUUCAAUAACGUUUGUUAAGAUGAAACAUUAUAUCAUAUUCACAUGAUUUAUUAACAUUGUAUAAACAAUAUUGUAUAAUACUGGAAAUAUAUAAAUGCAAAGUUAUUAGUAAUGGUAACAAAAAUCAUUGACAUCUAUUUAAGUUACGCCAGUGUUAAUAAAUUAUUUGAUCCAAAUGGCAAUCAUUGUUCCUAAGUUUAAAUUUAGAACAAUAUUUGUCAUAAUUAUUUUGGUAUCUUUCAACGAAUUAAAAUAUUUGUA